UGUCGUUUGAAGAAACAAUUGUUAGCUGUAAGUAAAAAUGAGUGGCAGAGGCAAAACCGGAGGCAAAGCAAGAGCCAAGGCUAAGACUCGCUCAUCCAGGGCAGGACUGCAGUUCCCCGUCGGCCGUGUUCACAGGCUUCUCCGCAAAGGCAACUACGCCGAGCGCGUUGGUGCUGGUGCUCCUGUUUAUCUGGCGGCUGUGCUCGAGUAUCUUACCGCUGAGAUCCUGGAGUUGGCUGGAAAUGCCGCUCGGGACAACAAGAAGACCCGCAUCAUCCCCCGUCAUCUGCAGCUGGCGGUGCGCAACGACGAAGAGUUGAACAAACUUCUGGGCGGAGUGACCAUCGCUCAGGGCGGUGUGCUGCCCAACAUCCAGGCUGUGCUGCUGCCCAAGAAGACCGAGAAAUCUGCCAAGUCCAAAUAAGCGGACUUAGUCGGUCUUACUGAAACCCAAAGGCUCUUUUAAGAGCCACCCAUUUUAUCGGACAUAGAGCGCCUUUCUUUAACAGUUUAAUAACACCAUAUAUAAACGUAUAUAUAAAGUAUAAAAAAAUAAAAUUGCAUUACAUAUAUAACAUAACAGGAAAAGAUCUAUCAAAACCAUUAAUUGUACGAUUGCUCUGUAUGGGUAUUUACAAAUACAACAGUAGCAGAAACGCAGAAAAGUGUUUUGAGCACAUGAAAGUCCCAUAACUUGUUUGAUUGAGAUCGGUUUUUGGGUUAAUGUGUUUUGUUGUAGUGCUUUUAUUACAGAUGGUGUUAUUUUGUUCAAAUCCGAGAUAUG